AUGGCCGUACCGGCUGCUUUGAUCCCUCCGACCCAGCUGGUCCCCCCUCAGCCUCCGGUCUCAACUUCUGCCGCCUGCACCACCACCACCACCACCUCGUCGUCGGCCACCUCCUCUCCGUCUCCGUCCAUCGCUCCCCCGCCGGCCGCUUCGGGGACAAACCUAUUCCGGCCGGAGCCCAUCGCAGCAGCGGCGGCGGCGGCAGCGGCAGCCACAGUCACCUCCACCACCACCACCACCAGCGGCGGCGGCGGUAACGGCAGUAGCGGCAGCAGCGGUGGCGGCAGCCCCAGCCUGGGCAACGGCGGCGGCGGCAGUAGCGGCGGCGGCGGCAGCAGCAGCAGCAGCAGCAGCGCCGGCACCUCCACUCCCAAUGCGAGCGCCACCAGCGCGGCCAGCAGCCUGCCCGGGAAGCCCGUGUACUCGACCCCGUCCCCGGUGGAGAACACCCCCCAGAAUAACGAGUGCAAGAUGGUGGAUCUGAGAGGGGCCAAAGUAGCCUCCUUCACCGUGGAGGGCUGCGAGCUCAUCUGCCUGCCCCAGGCUUUCGACCUCUUCCUGAAGCAUUUGGUGGGGGGCUUGCACACGGUCUACACCAAGCUGAAGCGGCUGGAGAUCACGCCCGUGGUCUGCAACGUGGAGCAGGUCCGAAUCCUGAGGGGGCUGGGGGCCAUCCAGCCCGGGGUCAACCGCUGCAAACUCAUCUCCAGGAAGGAUUUCGAGACCCUCUACAAUGACUGCACCAACGCCAGUUCCAGACCUGGAAGGCCUCCUAAGAGGACUCAAAGUGUCACCUCCCCAGAGAAUUCUCAUAUCAUGCCACAUUCUGUCCCAGGCCUAAUGUCUCCUGGAAUCAUCCCGCCAACAGGCCUGACAGCAGCCGCUGCAGCAGCAGCAGCUGCCACCAAUGCCGCCAUAGCAGAAGCAAUGAAAGUGAAAAAAAUUAAAUUGGAAGCUAUGUCCAACUAUCAUGCAAAUAAUAACCAGCAUGGAGCAGACUCUGAAAAUGGAGAUCUGAAUUCAAGUGUCGGGAGCAGUGAUGGUUCUUGGGAUAAAGAAAAACUUCAAUCUCCCCCCACCCAAGGAUCACAGGCCUCUGUUAACCACCCCAACUUGCCUGGACAGCAUAAUGUUCCAGUUAGCCAUCCUCUCAACCCUCUUCAACAGAACCACCUUCUGCCAAAUGGAUUGGAACUUCCUUUUAUGAUGAUGCCCCACCCAUUAAUUCCCGUGAGCCUACCUCCAGCAUCUGUCACAAUGGCAAUGAGCCAGAUGAAUCACCUUAGUACUAUCGCCAACAUGGCAGCAGCAGCACAAGUGCAGAGUCCUCCAUCCAGAGUUGAGACGUCUGUUAUUAAGGAACGUGUCCCAGACAGCCCUUCUCCUGCUCCUUCCCUUGAAGAGGGCCGAAGACCUGGCAGCCAUCCAUCCUCUCAUCGAAGCAGCAGUGUGUCCAGCUCUCCCGCACGGACCGAGAGCUCUUCAGACAGAAUCCCUGUCCAUCAGAAUGGGCUAUCUAUGAACCAAAUGCUGAUGGGUUUGUCACCUAAUGUCCUGCCUGGACCUAAGGAGGGUGAUCUGGCUGGCCAUGAUGUGGGACAUGAGACAAAAAGAAUGCACAUUGAGAAAGAUGAGACGCCGCUCUCCACACCAACCGCAAGAGACAGCCUUGACAAACUUUCUCUAACUGGGCAUGGGCAACCGCUACCUCCGGGUUUUCCAUCUCCUUUUCUAUUCCCUGAUGGAUUGUCCUCCAUAGAGACCCUCCUGACUAACAUCCAGGGUCUACUAAAAGUUGCUAUAGACAAUGCCAGAGCUCAAGAGAAACAGGUCCAACUGGAAAAGACAGAGCUGAAGAUGGAACUCUUCAGGGAACGAGAACUGAGGGAAACACUUGAAAAACAGUUGGCUGUGGAGCAGAAGAACAGAGCAAUAAUUCAGAAAAGGCUAAAAAAGGAAAAGAAGGCAAAGAGGAAAUUGCAGGAAGCACUUGAAUUUGAGACUAAACGACGGGAGCAAGCAGAACAGACACUGAAACAGGCAGCUUCAACAGAGAGUCUUAGGGUCCUAAAUGACUCUCUGACCCCAGAGAUAGAAGCUGACCGCAGCGGGGGCAGAACAGAUGCUGAAAGGACAAUACAAGGUUCACUAGAUGCCUAUGCCUAGCUCCCAAUCCGGUUUCCCAAGACCCCCUCAUCCCACACAAAAAGAUGGAAGACUUUAUUUGAAAACU